UCCACAAGACUACCACCUGUCUCUCUCCCCAUCUCCUCCUCACUUCAAUAGAGAGAGCGCGACACAAGAAACGAACGAGCGAAGGGGCGAUGGGCGACGACGUGGAACUCUCGUCUCCGGCGACGGCGACUUCUGCGGCGACGGAGGCGCCGCGGCGGGACCGGUGGGGGCACCCGGUGCGCACGGCGUCGGCGGCGUGCGCCGCGGCGAUCGACGCCUACUACGAGGCCGUGCUCGCCUACGGGCGCGGCCGCGUCGCCGCCGCGCUCCGCGCGCCCCUCCUCGACCCCUCCUGCGCCCUCGCCAACGCCCUCGCCGCCCACGCCCUCGCAUCCCAAAACCCCACCCGCGCCUCCUCCCUCCUCGCCGCCGCCGCCAACGCCCUCGGGGAGGCGACUUCGUACGAGAGGAUGGUGUUCCGAGCGAUCUCGUGCUUGAUGGGGUCCAACAAGGACGAGGACGCCGCGAUUCAGAUGCAUGUUGAGUUGCUUAAGGAGUUUCCUAAGGAUUUGGUGUCGCUAAAGAGGGCUCAGAUCUUAUGUUUUUACAUGGGUCGGCCUGAUAUCUCAUUAGAGCUAGUUGAGGAGGUUUUGCCACAAAAUGAAAAUCAGAAUUACAUCUAUGGCAUGCUUGCUUUCUCAUUAUUAGAGCUUGGUAGAAUGGAGGACGCUGAGACAGCCGCACGAAAAGGAUUUGAAAUAAACAAGCACGACUGUUGGUCGCAACAUGCAUUAUGUCAUGUUCUUCAGUAUCAAUGUCGUUUCAAAGAAGCAAUUGAUUUUAUGGAAUCUUGCUCUUCUUCAUGGACAUCCUGUUCGUCAUUCAUGUACACCCACAACUGGUGGCACGUUGCUCUUUGUUAUUUGGAAGGUGAAUUACCAAUCCAGAAGGUUCUGGAGAUCUAUGAUUGCUAUAUCUUACAGGAACUCAAAAGAAGUGAUGCUGAACCUGGAGAGGUUUAUCUCAAUGCUCUAGGAUUGUUGCUCCGUGUUUCCGUGCGUGGCCAGAUGGACUGUAUUGUCGAUAGGCUAACGGCUCUUGUAACUGCACUUAAGGAUGAGUCUACAUGGCAUAUGGAGUGGUUGCUUGAUAUACUGGCAUUAUGGGCCUUGGCUAGUACGAAAGAGACACAACAAGCAGAGAGCUUAGUAAAGUCGAUGAGAUCAAGGAUAUCUUCAAUGAGUGAAAAGAAGCAGCAGACAAUGCAAAGGGCGAUACCGCUUGCAGAAGCCAUUUAUGAAUAUGGAAGGGGUGAAUAUCAUAAAGUCUUUGACAUCCUAGGACCAGAAUUUGAUGCUACUCAUUAUAAAAUGAUCGGGGCAUCUGAUGAACAACUUGAUGUCUUUAAUGAAGUUUGGUACAGCGUAUUGUUAGAGACUGGACAAACUUCCAAGGCAAUCAAUGAGAUUGAGAACAAAGUGACGAAGAUAGUAGGGACCCCAUUUCUGUGGCGAACACUGACAGAUGUAGUAAGAGUGAAAAAAAAGAUCUCAGCUCAAAAGGUAUGAGGUGCCUGUUAGCAAAUCUUCGUUCUAGGGCCUUGAAAGCUGGAGAAGGCAUACUUAAUGGAUGGUGCAGAUUCUUCUCUUGCAUCUGAGAAGGUGAAGGCCCUAAAAACUGCCACUUGUAAUUAAGUGGCCUGGUUAGUGACAUCUCUCUUUUAACUGUAUUGUUAUUGUUAAGCCCCAGGAAGUGCUUGUUGAUUGAAAUUAGAAUUGGUCAAGGUGGUCUCUGUAUCUUACUUUUAUGCGGGCUUUAGGAUGUAAAGAUGGAUGCUAUGCAGAAUAAAAAAAUCAGCAAGCGCUAAUGUAUCUUUCA